AACCCUACCAACGGUAACGUCACUCGCCUUUUGUUGCUGCUGUCACGCCAUUUUCGCCUUGAAUCACGUCUCGCGAGUGUGUGCGUAGGUACGUGUAGUUGUGGAGCUUGGGUGGAGAGAAACCGCCCCCCACUUCCAUUCAAAACACAGGUCGCGUCACGGAGCGGGCGUGAAGUACUAAGGUCUUUUUUCUGUGGUGUGCAGCAGUAGUUUCCUCCUUUGAUUGUACUCACACACAGUGUAGCAGUAGUGGCUAGUGUUUUAAGUAAAUCCUCCUCAGCUCGUCCCAUUUUUGCAUCAGCUAGUCAGCAGCAGCAGAGUAGCAGUGUCAGUGUCGGUGUCGAGUCGGAUCGAGAGUGUUCGUUCGUUCGCGUUUAUGCAUUCAACUCCGCUGCUGCUAUCCAUUAUAAUGUCGUCGGGGUUGCCGUAAUUACUUUCGAAAGUUUUUUUUUCUGGUUUUUGAGGAGCUGCCCCGCGUUCGACUCGACGCGCCUUAAAGUGUUGUGCAAAAUUUCGUGAGUGCGAAGAAUCGGAAGUGGCGAAUGGUCGCCGUCGUCGUCGUGGAAGAAGGUCGUCGAUGAGCGUCGUCCGUCAAAAGUGGUCAUCGUCGUCGUCGUGUUUCUUUUUUUUCGUUCUCUUGUUUUGGGUGUGCAAAAUUACGUGUCCGCCGUCUGCCGUCCCUGGGCAGGGGCGCGCGAUAAUUGGUGGUGUAAAAAAGCAUAGUGCGCUUCGUCGGAAACAGCGUCAUUAGUGAAAAUGGAGAAUACGAAAAACAACAGCAGCAGCGGUGGCAAAAGUGAGAAAACUACCAGCAGUUCCUCCGCCACCGCCGCUAGCACCACCAUCUGCAGUGGCCAACAGCAACAACAACAACAGCAGCAGCAGCAGGGAAAGGGGUCUAAAUUGAAGCGGGCCUUCUCGAUGUCGCGCAAUCCGUUCCAUUCGGUUUCGCGACAAACUGGCAAGAAAUCCGGAGCCGCGGAAAAGUCCGCAUCUGGAGGAACGCCAACAGCGCUGUCGACGUCGAUGACGAAUGCAGGCGUCGUGACCUCGGAACAAAAUUCCAUCAACAGCGGAGGAGGAGUGGGGAGAGUUGGUGGUGGUGGCAGCGAUGCAAUCAAAGUGCAAGGCAACUGCCCCGAAGCCAAUCGGGGUGGGUCGGAGAAGAAGCUAUUUCGUCGGCUCUCGGUCAAAAAGUUUAUUAAUCGCAUUGCACAACAAAUGACAUAUGUCAGCCUUGCGGGCAACCAGAAGGAGGCCGAUCGGGUUCCUCCGGCGCCGCCAGCCAAUGGGUUCGUUUGGCCACCGGACACGAUCCCGGGCGUGAUCGGCCUGCGCAACCACGGCAACACCUGCUUCAUGAAUGCCGUCCUCCAGUGCCUCAGCCAUACGGACAUCCUGGCUGAGUACUUCGUUUUGGAUCAAUACAAGGCGGAUCUAAAACGGCGUAACAAGAUCAAUGCGAAAAAGUUCGGAACGAAGGGUGAGCUGACGGAACAGUUGGCACUGGUGCUAAAAUCUCUCUGGACGUGCAAGGAUGCCCCCGAAUAUAGUUCUAGUUUUAAGGCCGUCGUUGACCGAUACGGUAGUCAAUUCCGGAGCUCGACGCAGCAUGACGCGCAGGAGUUCCUCUUCUGGUUGCUAGAUAAGGUGCACGAGGAUCUAAACACCGCCAGCAAGCGGAAAUAUAAAGCGAUCAAGAACAACUACGGCCGCUCGGACGAGGUGAUCGCCGCCGAAACCCUAGCCAACCACAUCCGCUGCAACAGUUCGUUCGUGCAGGCCGUCUUUCAGGCCCAGUUUCGGUCGUCGCUAACCUGUCCCCGGUGCCAUAAGCAGAGCAAUACCUUCGACCCGUUCCACUGCAUUUCGGUGCAGCUGCCGCAGUUGACGCUGCAACCGGUUUUUGUGCGGGUGAUCUACGCCUCGCAGCAACCGAAGCAGGUUCAGCUGGGCCUGGGGGUACCGCAUGGGUCACCGGUGAUGGUGCUGAGGGAGCAACUGCACGCCGACACGGGGAUCGCCGUGGACCGGAUGAUACUGGCGGAGGUUUGCGACGGGGGCUUCAAUCGGGUGUACUGUGAUUCGCAUUUGGUGUCAUCGGUUGGGGAUGACGGUUCGACGGUUUAUUGUAUAGAAAGUCCACCGGUUGCGGAAGGAAUGACCCAAAUCGUGCUGUGUAUUACUAAUGGACGGAGGGAUGUCGGGAGUGGUGAAAUACGGCGGUUCGGAACUCCGUUUUGUAUAGUGGUCAAUAGGGAUGUUUCGUAUGUGGAGUUGCAGAAGUUGCUGUUGAAGGAAAUGGCGAGUAUUUUAAAAUCGGAAGUAUUUGCGUUCAGUACCCCUAUGCAGGAAAUGUUCAAGGUGCGAUUGCAGGAUCCUUCGUGUGAUGCGGAUACCUACCUGGAGUCCAACGUAGAGCAUCCGUUGUUUACGGAGAUGAUUGAUUUGGCACUGUCGGUGCUACCAACCGAUGCCGGCCCGGCACAUGUGAAACUUUUAAUUGAGUGGACUAAUCCGGAGCGGUUCUUUAGUGAUAUGACGGACCCUUUCGUGGAACACGAAAGUGUCAGCCAGAUGAAAGAGAAGAUUCCGGGCAGUUCGUCUCUGACCUUGGAGCAGUGCCUAGAACAUUACACCAAAGCGGAAACGCUCAGCGCGGAAGAUGCUUGGAGGUGUCCUCACUGCCAGAAGUAUCUUCCGGUGGUGAAAACGCUAGGGCUGUGGUCACUUCCGGAUAUUAUGGUAAUCCAUUUCAAGCGUUUCCGGCAGCAACAGUUGCGCGGACCUCAGGCGGCCAAAUUAACAACAUUGGUGAAGUUUCCCUUGACCGGCUUCGAUAUGUCGCCCCAUCUGGCGAGGGAUUCCAAUACGGAAGCAUCCUCCGGUACUAACGGAGCCGAUGACAAUUGGAGUCCCUGGCGAAAAACUACCAAUCGAUAUACAAAACAUUCCUCAAAUCACUACAAUCAAAACUCCCUACAUAUGGACAAUCGUUAUGAUCUUUAUGCGGUUUGCUAUCACCAGGGCGACACUCUGGAAACUGGCCACUAUACUGCUGCGUGUAAGAAUCCUUACGACCACCAGUGGUACAAAUUCGAUGAUCAACGCGUGGCACAGGUCCCCAACGAACGCAUUCAAGAAGAGAUUGUCAACAAUGAGGCUUACAUACUUUUCUACCAAAGACGGAAAAUCGACGGGUCGGAAUGUUCCGGAACGAGUUCGAGCUCCGGAAACGAUCAUUGGGUAUCGAGAAUUUCCGCGGCUCCACUGGGUAUUACCAAUGAAUCCAAGCCAAAGGUAGAUCCUCCUAAAUCAGCUCCUCCUGCGACUGUUACCCCGACUACAACGUCUAUUACUGCAAAACCGGAAGUGCAGGCGAUUCCAAUAAAGGCGGAAAUCGAAGAAACUGCCACCAUACAUUCCGAGAGUGAAAGUGAAUCGAGUGACAACAAAAUGCCUAAAGAACCCAGUGUAGAAUUUGCAACAGUGCAAACAACCGUGGAAGUGGAACCUCAGAACAUAGACAGUCCAAAAUCCGAUGAGCCUUCGGAUAACCCGUCCUCCAUCACAGAGGACCCGGUAAACUCCCCUAUCGAGGAACACACACCCGAAGCUGAUGCCUCCAAGGAAGGUUCCAUCAAAACCCUAACGGAUGAACCUUCCUCGCCAGAACUGCGACGUUCCACGGAACCAACGACCUCGGAGCAGUCGGACGAUACGAGCGGUAGCACCACGCCCAAAUCGCCGUCCGACUCCAGCAGUCGCUUCUCGUUGCCAACCCAGCAGUCGCGCUCGCAUUCGCAUUUCCCGGAGAUUCUCUGGGGCCACCAUCACCACAACCAUCACCGGCCGUCCUCGUUUACGGCGUACAAAUCCAGCUUCGAACCGCAGGAUGCCGUGUCGAUGAUCCGAGGGGCCAACACGUGCAGCAAGGAUACGUUGCUGUUCAUCGAUCAGCAGUCGCACGCCGCCGGGCUGGACCGGAUCAUGCUGGGCGACGACGACGACGACGAUGACGAUUCGGACGACAUGAUGGGGAACAGCCGGGCGCUGUGGAUAUCGCCAGUCACGCCGCAUAAGCUGAUAACGGUCUCACCGAAGAACUAAACUACGAAGCUUGCCGUGGGUGAGAAUGAGUCGCAGCAGCAACAGCAACGGCAACAAGUCGAAUGAGAUUUCAAAAAUCUACCACCAACCUCCCAACCACCAAAUAAGAAAAAAAAAUCGAACAUAUUGCAGUGCAGUCCUUUAUAAGUACCAUGUAGCUUUGCAGCGGAAUCCGUACACGAAACAUAGAGAGAGCAGAGCAGAGCAUCCCAGUAUUCGCAGCGUGAAAGUACCUUACCCCCCACUACCUACACGUGCAAUGCGAGUAACGCGGCUCUAUUUAUAUAUGAUCAUGUUGAAAGUUUUAAAGUCGUUUUUAUGUUAUAAUUUUUUGUUUGCCUGUGAGUAAUAGUAGGGAAAAAGUCACUCAUUAUUAUUUAUUUAUAAACAAACAAAAACGGAGGAACGAGGGUUCGUAAAAGGUAACGCUAUAGUACCGUUUAGUGUAUAUCAAGGUGGUGCGCGGACGUCACGACAGUGGACACGUCCGCGUUCGGGUGAGUAUUUAUUUGAGCUAGUAGACUAGUAGACUAUAAGAUAGAAGAAACGAAAUGAAAAACUUUAUACUAUAGAUGCAGUUCCGUGUAAAAAAGUUGUACCACUUUUCUGAAUUUCUUAUGAUUUGGCAGUACACUCACUUGCUAUUUUCUCAGAAGCGUGCAAUCAAGAAACGAUGUAUGGGUGACUUUUGCCAUGUGAUUUCGUCUAAAACUUUGUCGAAUAGAGUAGGGGUCGCACACGAAUCCCAAGGUCGUGUCAGAGCUGUGAAAGCGACUCUCCACGAGGUGAGUGUAAUUUACAUUCACCUCGUGGAGAGUUGGCUUCGCAGCUCCCUCACGACUUCGGUAUUCGUGUGCGACCCCUACUCUAUUCGGCAAAAUUUUAGACGAAAUCACAAGGUAAAAGUCAUCCAUACAUCGUUUCUUGAUUGCACGCUUCUGAGUUGAGAAAACUGCAAGUGAGUAUAACUCUUUCCAAGUGAGUGUUCCCAUCCUUGGAUAGAGCAAUUCUUCAUUUAGUGUUAAAGAUCUGGAUAAUAAUGUAUACUAUGUAACAUCAUGUCUGAAAACACCUUAGCGUGUAUUCAUUCAUCAUCAAUAACCAAAAAACGGCCGCGUAAGUGUAUGCGCAGGAUCGCACGCAACACUGCAAGUAGAUUAAAUCUUUCACUGUUUUCUCUAAAUACUCGUUUUCUUCACAUCGUUUAUGCCAAAGGAAAUUUAUCAAAAGUAAUUACAACCUUUUCCCAUCGAACUGCUGAUAGAGUCCCAUUCCUCUUUAACCAUGCAGAAGUUUUACUACCUAAAUAUACAAUCCUAUUUCGCGUUAGACACAUUCUUCAAGACUUUCCAAAUUAAAAGAGAAGAGAGAAAAACUUUAGACUAAACCAAAACUGUUCGGGGGUACCCACUAGAGCAAGUUCAGAAUCACAAGUGACCGCGAAAGUAGACAGCAAUUAUCUAGACGAAUGUAAAUUUACACUACGUGAACUUUUACAUUUACGUUUCACACACGCGCAUUACCUUCGGGAUCCGAGCUGCAGCGAUUAAAGCGGAAAGUGUUGCGCCAUUCAGCCAUUCAGGCCAGCCCCUCCCCGCCCAGAACAAAAUUUAAGAAAAGAAAAACAACUGUAGGCUAGCACUAUUGGCACUGACGACUGAGUUUAGUAGAGCGAGUGAUAAAACAAGAAGAAAAAAAAAACUGUCUGAAAUCAACCAAAUUAACGAGAGAUUUUUGCGUAGAUAUUCGUCGAAGCGGAUUGGAUAGCUAGCGUUGCAGUUAGGCAGAGGAACUACCGAAGAAGGAAAGAAAAAACAACAUUAAGCAUACAGAAACAAGUACAAUUUAAUGUUAGUUAUUUGAUUGUAAAAAGAGGAGUAAAAUUAUAAAACAUUAGAAUAGA